GCGGGCGGAGGGAGGAUGGGGCCGCGGCGGCGCCCGGCGGCCGCGCUGCUGCCGGCCCGGCGGGGCUGGGCCCUGCUGGGGGCUGCCCUCCUCGGGGGGGCCCUGCUGGCGGUCGCCUGCGCCCACCCGGACCCCGACCCGGAGUGGGACGGGGCCGAGCCGUGCCGAGCCUGCCGCGGCCUCGCCGACAGCUUCAGCAGGGGCCUGGAGCGGACGGAGCACGAGGGUUUUGGUGGGGGCAACACCGCCUGGGAGGAGGAGAAGCUGGCCAAGUACCAGCACAGCGAGACCCGUCUGCUGGAGGUGCUGGAGGGCGUCUGCGCCCCCUCAGACUUCGCCUGCCACCAGCUGCUGGAGCGGAGCGAGGAGCACGUGGAGCGGUGGUGGUUCCAUGAGCGGCAGCAGCACCCCGACUUCUUCCAAUGGCUGUGCAUGGACCAGCUGGCACUCUGCUGCCCACCCGGCACCUACGGCCCUGACUGCAGGCCCUGUGCCGGUGGGCCCCGGCAGCCCUGCAGCGGCAAUGGACGAUGUGAUGGUGACGGCACACGCCGUGGCACUGGUCUUUGCGUCUGCAGCCCAGGCUAUGGUGGCCCCUUCUGUGCCGAGUGUGGUGAUGGCUACUACGAGGCCUCACGGAACAAGAGCCACCUCAUAUGUGCCGAGUGCUACCGGGCCUGUGGGCGCUGCACGGGGCCGGAGGACUCCAGCUGCCUUCGCUGCAAGAGGGGCUGGGUGCUGCACGAGCACCACUGCAUCGACAUCGACGAGUGUGGCACAGAGAUGGCGCACUGCCGAGCUAACCAGUUCUGCGUCAACACGGAGGGCUCCUACGAGUGCCGAGACUGCUCCACGGCUUGCAUUGGCUGCAUGGGCGCUGGGCCGGCUCGCUGCAAGAAAUGCAAUAAGGGCUAUUGGCGAGAUGGAGCCAAGUGCCUGGAUGUGGAUGAGUGUGCCAGCGCCGAGGAGCCGGUGUGUACAGGAGUGCAGGAGGUGUGCGAGAACACAGAGGGCAGCUACCGCUGCGUCUGUGCCCGUGGCCAUGUCCGCCGGGAUGGGCAGUGCGUGGAGGACAAGCCCCCCGAUGCCCCAGAGAAGGGCUUCUUUGAUGACGUGACAGAGGAUGAGGUGGUGGUGCUGCAGCAGAUGUUCUUUGGCGUGAUGAUCUGCGCCCUCGCCACACUGGCUGCCAAGGGUGACAUGGUCUUCACCGCCAUCUUCAUUGGCGCUGUGGCUGCCAUGGCCGGCUACUGGCUCUCUGACCGCAGCGACCGUGUCCUCGAUGGCUUCAUGAAGGGCAGAUAGCUCUGGGGCUGCCGGCUGCGGGCUGGGGGGGCAGGUUCAGCCUGUGGUGCGGGGGGCCCCCCCAGCAGGUGCUGGCUGCCAAGACCAGUUCCUGCACGCAGUGCUGUGCCCUGCAUGUGUCCCCCAGCCCCUCAUUAGCGUAGGGUUCCACCCCCCGCUGCAGAAUGAGCUGGGGCUCCCUGAUCCCCGGGGGCUCCCACACAGCCACCUCCAGCCUGAGCGGUGGUGCCAGGCAGUGUGGCACUGGGGGGGAGGGGCACAGCAUGCUGCCCCCAGCCCCUCGUGCUCUGGAGGAGAGGCCUGGCACUAUGGCAGGUGGGAGGGCACGGGGGCAGGUUGGGGUGCUCUGGCACCACCAGGUGCUGGGGCGGGGAUGCUGGCAGAGCUUGGCCGUGCUGCCUGUCAGGUGAGUGUCCCCAGGCUGCUGGUCCUGUGGGACCUUGUGUCUCCCCCCCAUGAGACUGUUCCCAAUGGGGCAGCGGGGGACAGGUCUCCCCCCACCCGAAGCCGAGAGGCUGGGAGAGCUGCCCCUGUCCCCCCGACCUCUCCUCCCCAUGUUCCCUGGGCAGAGCCCAUCUCUCCCCUCCCAGGCUGGCGGGGCCAGGGCUCCCACAGGGCAGGGGGUCAGGGCCCCCCCACUGCUCGUGGGGUGCCAUGCCGGCGGGGGGGCCCUGCCGGAUGCAUGAGCGUGGCCGUUUCAUUUGUUCCGUGGUUUGUCCGUCGGGGUGUGCUCAUCUGUACGUGUGUCCAUAUCUCAGGAAAUAAAGCUCUGCACACCCA